CUUUUAUAUGUAGCAGUCACGUCACGUCUUUUACAGCAGUCGCGUCAAUUCUUGAACUUUAUUAGCCAUGCUCCUUCUAUACCUACGAGUGCUAAUCUAUGGCCAGUUUCAGUCCCAGACCUCCCCUCCUCUCAAUUCUUCCACUCUCACCCAUCACCACCACCCUAAUAUUCACACUCAUACUCAUACUCACAUUCACAUUCACCCUUACUCUCACCCUUCACACUUGUUCUCUAUUAUACCGCAAUGGAGCCUAAUCUACUACCCGCCCCCCAAGACACGGGUAGAGGGAUGUACUUUUCCACCUUUGCCGUGCUAGAAGAAGACAUACAUCGAGAAGAAGCUUAUGUUGUAGAGGCGGAAAGGAUACUAAAAUUAGCCCAACCAGUGAAUAGGGAAAGAGCGGAAAAGGCACUAGAAAGAGCCCAAAAAGCCCUGUUUAGAGCACAAGACGCAUAUAGACUCAAGGACCAAAAUCGCGCGAGGGCCCGCUACCCAGCUUAUGUUCCAAGUCGGCCUUUUCUCAUGCCCGGAUCCCCUGGCAUUCCUUACUUGGAUCCUACUCCUGGUCCUCAUUCGGCUAUGUUUUAUCCCGGACAUACAUAUGGACAUACAUAUGGACAUACAUAUGGACAUACAUAUGGACAUACAUAUGGACAGCCCCCUUCCUCUCAUCCAGCACCUACAUAUGGACAAUCGCCUCCCUCUCAUCCGGGACAUACAUUUGGCCAGUCUACCCUCUAUUCGGGAUAUACACUUGGCCAGCCUACCUUUCAUCCAGGACACACAUUUGGCCAGCCGCCUCCUAUCUUUGGUUCAGCACCUACAUUUGGGGACACGCGUCCCCCUGCUUUUCAACCUUUGUGGCAUCAGCCUCCGCCUCCAUGGAGCCAGCAUCAGCCUUUGAACCAACCCGCCCAAGCACCUGUGUCUGCCUUUCCUAUUCCCAAUCCUACGACUAACUACUCUCCGGGAUUUGCCGCAGACAACGGGCAAAAUGUAAGUGAUAUCAUCCCUCGCAUCUUAUUACACGUCUAACUCUAUUCUACAGUCGGGCUAUGUCGGAGUCAAUGUUAGAGCCAAUGUUAGAAUAAAUGUUAGAGUCAAGCGAAAGCUAAGCCAGGUAAGUAACAUCCUUGUCCCUAAGAUAUCUCAAUUUGUCUAACUCGAACCAAUCAUAGGACCAUUAUGAUUUGGCUGUUGAUG